AUGGCUGAAAUAGCUGUUUCAGCAGCGAAGGUUUUGGUUGAGACGGUUUUACAUGCACUCAGCCAAAUGCAGAAAACCGUUCAUGAUGAGGUGAAAGGUCUCGGUUUCUGCCUGCACAGAUUGGUCGCCUACUUAGCAGACAUGGAAGGAAACGAAGGCAGUGAGCAACUCAGAGAACGUGUGAAAGAACUUCGAGAUGUGGCAUUUCAUAUCGAGGAUGUUCUUGAGGAGUUCAUGUUUUUAUGCUCAACCUCUGGCCUGAAACCGGAUCAUCAACUGGCACCCAAUAUUCCGGGUGAUGAGGAAACAGUGGGCUUUGAAGAGUGUGAAGAAGCUAUUAUCCUUCAACUGACAGACCAAGAAUUGAGGGAUGUGACGAUCUCUGUGGUGGGUCCUGGCGGCUCUGGUAAAACCACAAUUGUCAAUAAGGUUUACGAGAACAAAAGAAUCUGGAGCCAGUUUGAUUGUCGUGCUUGGGUUCAGGUGUCCCAAUCAUUCAAUAUUGAGGAGCUCUUCUGCAGCAUGUUGAAGCAAUUUUGUGAAUCGAGAGAGGAACCAAUUCCCUCAGGAGGAAUCAAUACACAGGCUAAACUGCGGCACUAUCUGCAGCAAAAAAGUUACACGGAUCUACCAACCUAUCUUAAAAGUUGUUUCUUGUACUUUUGCAUUUUUCCUGAGGAUUACUCAAUUGAUUGUGGGACGCUAGUACGCUUGUGGAUAGCUGAAGGAUUUGUGUCAAGAAAAGGAGGCAAAACACUGGAAGAGGUUGUGGAGUAUUACCUCAAUGAACUAAUUGAAAGGAAUUUGGUUCAUGCUAGGAGAUUAGAUUUUGUUGGACAAGCAAGAUAUUGUCGAGUUCUAAACCUUGUGCAUGAGUUUAUCAAUCGGAAGUCUGAGGAGGUGAAUUUUUUUUCGCAAAUCAGAGAACUAGAUGCAAGUUCAAACAAGAAUGUCCAGCGUAUUUCUAUAGAUAAUGGUUGCAUCAAUUUGGCACAGAUUAGAGGUUUGAAUUAUGUUCGUUCUGCUUUCUUAUUCAAGAAAAGCAAUCUUUCCACUUCAGCGAUUGAACACGUACUUUGUGCCUUCAAAUUAAUGAGGGUUUUAGAUUUGCGUGAUGCACCUCUAGAUAAGUUUCCAGAAGUUAUUCUUCUUCUCUACCUUCUAAGAUACCCAUGCCUGAGGAAUACUAAGAUAAAGGAGAUUCCAAAUUCUAUAAAGAAGCUCUCGCAUCUCGAAACUUUAGACCUCAAGCAAACUAAAGUGACUAUCUUGCCAGAGGGUAUCUUACAACUUCAUAAUCUUCGUCAUCUUCUGAUUUAUUGGUAUAACAUCAAGAAUUAUGUGACAUGGCAUUCCGUGGUUAGAGUAAAGAUAGCAAGAGGAAUCAGUGCUUUAACUAACUUACAGAAGCUGUCACUUAUCAAAUCAGACAAGCACCACGAAAUUGUAAAAGAGUUAAAAGCUUUAACCCAACUGAGGAAGCUGGGGUUGGUAGAUCUCAAAAGAGAAGGCGGAAAGUAUUUGUGCGCAUCCGUUGAAAAGAUGGCACUUGGCAGACCUUUCAACACUUGA